AUGACUCCAGCGCUAGUUGCCAGGCCGCCCCAUCGGAAGUGCAAAUGCAACACCAUGAACGCAAAUCUGCCGCUUAUUGCAGCGUUUAUCAAUUUUGUAGUCAUCUGCUUGGCAGACUCGCUCAGUCCCGAAAUGCAGAUGUACUGGGAAAACCACAUGGUGCAGCCGUACUUCGAUAACACGACCAAGCGCGAAGUGACGGCCAUCGCCGGUCAAACGUGCCAGCUCCACUGUCGCGUCAAGAGCCUCGGAGACCGAGCGGUUUCGUGGAUCCGCAAGCGAGACCUACACAUCCUGACGGUGGGUAUCCUCACGUACACCAACGAUCAGCGCUUCCAGUCGCUCCACACGGACGGCAGUGACGAGUGGACGCUUCGAAUAACAUCGCCUCAGGCAAGAGAUUCGGGAGUGUACGAGUGUCAGGUGUCGACCGAACCGAAGAUCAGCCAGGCGUUUCGUCUGAACGUUGUCGUUUCGAAGGCUAACAUUCUGGGCAACUCGGAGCUGUUCGUCAAGAGUGGCAGCGAUAUUAAUCUGACCUGCGAGGCACUGCAGUCACCACAGCCACCAUCCUUCAUCUACUGGUACAAGGGUGGUCGGGUGAUCAACUACUCGCAACGUGGCGGCAUCAGUGUCCUGACGGAGCAGCAGACGCGUACGAGCCGGCUAGUCAUAUCGCGAGCCUCACCAUCCGACUCCGGCAACUAUACCUGCGCUCCGAGCAAUUCCGAUUCGGCCAGCGUCAUGGUGCACGUCAUCAAAGGAGAGCAUCCGGCCGCGAUGCAACACGGAAUAAACGGUGCUGGCGUGGCUCAUUCAUCAACAUAUAUAGUCGUGGCGAUCCUGUCGGUGUGUUUCCAGCUUCUGCUGCUCACACGAACCCCGUCGGUGUUUGCGAUGCGAUAG